AGAGAGAGGCAGAAGCAGCCAAAAGGCGAAGGCUUUGAUUUUUCUAAAGCACAGAAAAUACCCAAAACAACAUGGUUGCUAAUUGAGAACACUGAUGUCUCUCCUAGCUUUAGAUUAGAUUUCUCUUUCUGUUAAAAAUUGUAUCUUUACUUACAAUUUUGAACUACUUAACUCUCUCAUCUAUAUGUAUAUGAGUAUGGAUCGUUCUCCAUGGUGAAAAGGAGUCAAAAACAGGAGUAGCCAAAAGGGUACUAAAUUCCUUGAUUUUUAUUUCUUGUUGCGAUUUCUCCGGGGCGAAAAAAAUGGGGAUCGCUUCACAAGAAGCGAUCAAUCAGUUCCGAGCAUUGAUGGAUCAAGUGGAGGAGCCCUUGAAGAAAACAUUUCAGAAUGUUCAUCAAGGCUAUCCAACUGAAACCUUGCAGCGUUUCCUGAAAGCUAGAGAAUGGAAUGUUUCCAAAGCCCAUAAAAUGUUGGUUGAUUGUUUGAACUGGAGGGUACAGAAUGAGAUUGACAAUAUAUUAGCAAAACCUAUAGUUCCUAUUGACUUGUAUCGAUCUGUGCGUGAUUCUCAUCUCGUGGGAAUGUCAGGUUACUCAAAAGAGGGCCUACCUGUUUUUGCUGUUGGUGUCGGGCUCAGCACAUAUGACAAAGCAUCUGUCCACUACUAUGUGCAGUCACAUAUUCAAAUCAAUGAGUAUCGGGAUCGUGUAGUUUUUCCUUCUGCAUCGAAAAAGUGUGGACGUCCAAUCACCACCUGUGUGAAGGUUUUAGAUAUGAGCGGCUUGAAGCUUUCCGCACUGAGUCAAAUAAAGUUAUUGACUAUAAUAUCAACUAUUGAUGAUUUGAACUAUCCCGAGAAGACCACCACUUAUUACAUUGUAAACGUCCCUUAUAUAUUCUCCUCUUGUUGGAAGGUUGUCAAGCCUCUUUUGCAGGAGAGGACGAGGAAAAAAGUUCAGGUGUUGUCAGGUAACGGACGAGAUGAAUUGUUGAAGAUAAUGGAUGUUGCGUCUCUCCCGCAUUUCUGUAGAAGAGAAGGCUCUGGAUCUGGACGUUCAGGGAAUACAACUGAAAGUUGCUUUUCCUUGGACCAUCCUUUUCAUCAAGAGCUCUAUAAUUACAUCAGGGAGCAAUCCUUGAUCGGUGAACCUGUUGAUCUGAUCAAACAGGGUUCUUUUCAUGUGGAUCUGCCUGAGACAGCAGCAAAAGGGACAGAGAUUGCUAAAACCAUUGAAUCUGAGCUACAGAAGUUUGAGAACGGAAAUAGGAAUAGGCUCUCAGGGUCUCUAAAUGGCCUCAAAAUUAGUGAUUGAUGAGUCUUCGGAGUCCAGUGGCUUCUAAAGCAGUGAAAUCAUGAACUGUGAGCUUUGGAGUCUUUGCAUGUAUUAGUAGUUACUCUUAUCCUAUGAUACCUAGCCAUGGGGUAAAAUUAUUGGGUAUGGGUACAUAUAUGAAUGUCACCCUCUUCAAUUUGACAUAAUUGAUGGGUUUGUGGACACUAUCCUAAAAUUAGGAUACGGAUACAUAGACACCGUCCAAAAUUAGGAUACGGGUAUGUGGGUACGUCAUCUUAAUAUGUGCUUGCAUUAUUAUAUAAAAUAUUUAUGUUAUGUUAUGUUCAAUGUAAUUUUGUAACGAUUUGCU